AUGACUGUCGAAGUGGAGACCUCGGACGCCGCUAUGGCGUCUCCCACGAGCUCCAGUGGCACCGGCCCCGAGUCCCUGCGGUUAUCGGAGAUCGAGAGUGCGCACCUGUGCCCAGCAGGUCGUAUGAAGAUGGAGGAGCUAUUCCGCCAGUGGCUUAACGUGGAUGGUACGAAGGAAAUGAUUCAGAACAUGGUGGCCGACCUACGUCAGGGCAAGGAGCUAAACUUGGACGCGCUGCUGGCCACGGUCAGCGCAGCUGGCAGUGGGGCCGACUCGCCCUCGCGCAGCCCCAAGCGUCCGCCUAACUACCAUUUUGGUAUGCUCAGUCCCGGCGCAGUCGGUAGCCCCAGCGCGCGCAGACGUCAUCAGCACCUGGUUAGUCUCUUUGGGGACGAGCUCCACAGCGCUGCGGCCGCAGUAGCUGCAGCUGCAUCGGAUAAUGAAGCUGCGAGUGAUAACGAUGGCGCGCAGGAAACUCCGGCAGAUAUGGACCAGAAGGAAUCUGCAGUAUCUGUAGAACAGGCCGAUACAGACGAAAACAUGGAGGGGGAACAGGAACAGCAGGCGGUGGAGGAAGCUCUAAAGACCGAGGAGUCUGCAGCAGCUGAGUCUGACCAAGUCAUGACUGAAGAGAUCUCCAAGCAGGCUCAGAUCCCCAGGUUUUACUCGCCUGGCGAAGGCCGGCGAGGCCGACUGCGUUGUCUGUCCACAGAUGCUAUGGCUCGCAAGGCAUCGGACAUCGAGGCGCGUUUCCGUGAGUUUUCAGAGGGCAUGAAAGUGGAGGAUUUCGUGGCCAUCACCAAGGAUCUUUGUGGAUUCCCUUCGUUUUUCAAUGCGCCAUUUUUUAGACGUAUCCUUGCGACCUGUGGAGCAGCGGGGGAGACAACACCGAAGCCGCCGUCCAACCCGACACAGGAGGACGCUUCUAGUCCCACGAGCGCUGAUGGUGGCGUGGCACUGCAGCGCAUUACGAAGGAAAUGUUCCAGACCUACUGGAUGCGCGAGAUGGCUCCUUGUGACAGCGUGGAACGAUUCUUUAGAGUAGUGAAGCAACCGAAGAACGACUUUAUUGAGCGAGACGACUUUGCGCCGUUUUUGCAUGAACUGCUGAAAUAUCAUCCUGGCCUAGAGUUUCUUGGGGGUACUCCCGAGUUUCAGGAGAAAUAUGCUUUGACGGUGGUGGUACGGAUAUUUUAUUCCGUCGAUAGAGACAGUAGCGGCCAACUUACGUUGCGGAAACUGAGACGCAGCAAUCUCAUUAGCGCGUUUAACGCUGUGGACGAGGAAGAAGACAUAAACAAGGUGAACUCGUACUUCUCCUAUGAGCACUUUUACGUGCUCUACUGCAAAUUUUGGGAACUGGACACGGACCACGACUUUCUUCUCAGUCCGGACGACCUCGUACGCUAUGGCGGCCACGCCCUUACACGAAUCAUUGUGGAUCGUAUCUUCGAGCGUGGACGGCGUCCGUUUGCCCGUGUCCAGACAUUGACAUCCGAGGAAAAGAAAAAAAUGAGCUACGAGGAUUUUAUCUACUUUAUGCUCUCGGAGGAAGACAAAGCAAAUCCCGUCAGUAUUCGAUAUUGGUUUGAGCUCAUCGACACGAACGAGGAUGGCGUACUGCGCGCCGACGAGAUGCGCGUAUUUUACCGUCACCAGAUCCACCGCAUGGAGUGCCUUGGCCACGAAGUGGUGCCGUUCGAGGAUAUUUUGUGCCAGAUGUCGGAUCUGCUGCAUCCAGAAAAGGAGGGCGAGUUCUACCACAAGGAUUUCAUUCGCGCGGACAAGAUCCGAGUGUCGGGCGUCUUCUUUAACGUGCUGUUCAAUCUCAGCAAAUUCAUCGAAUUCGAGCAACGAGACCCGUUCCUUCUGCGCCAGCAGCUCGCCGAGCCGGAGCUUACGGAUUGGGACCGCUACGCUCGAGCCGAGUAUGCUCGAUUGGCUAUGGAGGAGGAGAGUCGCGACGAGGACACUGCGAUGGACAUUGACACCAUGGACGGCUGGUAUGUGUCGGACGAGCAAGAAGAAGAAGAAGCCCCAGAGGGCGGUGCUGGUGCUGACAGUACAGCGGGUGAAGGGCGAACGGCCGAAGCUCCUUUUUAACCUUUCCCCCCGUGCAACGAGGUAGAUUCACUUUUCAUUUCCCCUUUAGAAGACGGUGGACAGUAUUGGACUGCGCCGCAGCAAGAUCAAAGUAAGUAGAGCAACACGCAUGAAUCCCGUCAAUCAGCUACCGUAGUUAACCUUUAGACAGGGGGCAGCCGCAGAGCUUGUUAUUACUUACUGGCAGCCUCCUGUGCCUUGCGCAGUUGGUUCACGCGGUCGUUGCACUGCUUGAGCUUCUUGACCUGCUCCUGGCACUUUCUCCAGUCGCGAUCGAAGUCUGCGAGGCAGUCUUCUAGCUUGUAAUAGUCCUCAUGGCAGCGAUUACGCUCAAUCAGCUCGUCAACGUCCAAGUCCUCGCCGAAGUCACUCUUGCUACCAGCGUGAAGCCCCGCAAUGGGCACAGGCGGCUUGGUAAACGUGUCGCUCAUGCUGGGAAUUGUUUUCUACGUACCGGUACUGUA